AAAAUUACCAUGUUGACAGCUCACCGAAGAAGGACACGGGAGAUUACUGGACCUGUACAUUCCGUGGCAGUGAGAGCCAGACAUCCUUUAUCCAAAGACAUAGACAACCUUUUUCUGAGGAGAAGGAAACAGGAGGCGACACAGAAUGAGGUUCUGGAGUUUACCAAGGAUCAUAGCUCCUGUGAUGUGAGAAUGCAAUGGGAAAGAAACACACAGCGCCGGAUGGUUUCGGCCACUAUUAGUAGACAUCUACAGGAAGCAAGAGAGCAGUACCACAUAGGCAUUGACGAAAAGAGGGAAAGGCUUCGUGAGCUGCUGGAGUCAGAAGAGCAGGAACUCUUCAGGGAGAUGGAGGCAAAAAAAGAGACAGUGUUGGAGAGGCAGGCUAAGAUGCAUGAAAGAGCCACGACUCUACGAGAGAGAAGGGAGAGCGAGAGACAGAGGCUUGUUGCUGAUAAACUGGAGCUUAAAGAGGAGCAGCACAGGUACCGGGAGCAUCUAGCAGAGCAGCUGAAAGAGCAGAAACGACAGGAAGCUGAGACUGAGCAACUGUUUGAAUCAGAGCUCCAGCAGGCCUGGGCCCGCAGGGAGGCACAGUGGCGUCUGGAAAAGGCAGCGAGAGACAGACUCAUGAAGGAUGUCAUGGACACUCGCCGGUUGCAGAUCCAGGAGAAGUUGAACGAGAACCUGCAGAAACAGGCUGAGACUUUCAAAGAGAGAGAGGAGCUUGACCGAAUCAUUCAAGAGAACAAAUUGCUGGAUGACGAAGAAAAGACUCGUUUAAGGGAGGCCUCUCAGGAGUAUCAGGCUGAUUUACUGGCUCAGAUGCUGCACCGCCAGCGCAUUUGUGAAGCAGAACAAGCUGAGAAAGAACACGAGUUCCAGGAGGGUCUAAUGUACCAGGAGCAGUACAAUAAGAAGAUUCAGGACAUUCUUUCAAGGCCCAUAUCCGGCACCACAGCAGUUCAUCCCUUCAGGAGACGAGAGCGCCGCUGCUCCAGCUCUGGUGGACAGUUGGCAUAAAUCCAAACCAAUUCUACUCACAACAUUAGUAACAUUCUUAACUUUAGUAUACGAUAUUCUAAAAACAGAACUUUCAGUGAAGUUCCUAACUUUCAUGCUCAUUUCUGAAUAACUGUAUGCGGUUUGUUUUACACAUUUGUGUGAUCUGUGAUCAGAUUCAUUAUCCCGUGUCAAAGUUUGUAUUCAGGCGUACAGUAAAUACAAGUCUGACUGGAUUAGCUUGUUUUGAGGUAGAUAUUUGCAUGUUUAAAAGAUUAUUUCAAGAAAGCAAAUAAUUUCAAUGAAUAGAAUGUGAAGAGUGUCUUCACAUAGAUUUCACAUAGAAGACUUCCUUAUGCACCGCCUUUUAACACCAACCAUCUAAUUAAAAACUUGAGACACUGUC